GAUUGUCAAAAGGCUGCCGCUCAUUCGCCUAUUGACACGAGGAGAGGAAGAUGUUGGCUCGCUCGCUGUUCCGCGCUGCCUCAAGCGCGCGUAAGUCGCUAUCGCUGACUGCUGCUUCCGCUAACUUCGGUGCCACUCAAGUUGCGCGCUUCUCCGACGCCCCAACGAUGCACGGUACGACGAUCCUGUGCGUCCGUAAGAACGGCAAAGUGGUGCGUCGUACAAACUGCUAAAAUGGCAGUAUCAGGGAUGUUAAUUCACGCUGUUCUGUGGCUUAAUCCUGAACAGUGCUUGAUCGGAGACGGUCAGGUGUCGCUGGGCCACACUGUGGUUAAGCCCAACGCCAAGAAAGUGCGUCGCAUCGGCGAACACAUCGUGGCAGGUUUUGCCGGCUCUACGGCCGAUGCGUUUACGCUCAUGGAGCGUCUGGAGGCCAAGCUGGACGAGUACCCGGGCCAACUCACCCGCUCGUGCGUGGAGCUGGCCAAGGACUGGCGGACGGACAAGUAUCUUCGUCGUCUCGAGGCUAUUCUGAUCGUAUCGGACAUCAACCAGUCAUACACGCUCACGGGCAACGGAGACGUGCUGGAGCCCCAUGAUGGCAUUAUCGGCAUCGGCUCGGGAGGCACCUACGCACUUGCUGCUGCUCGCGCCUUGAUCGACCAGGACCUGGACGCUGAGACGAUUGCUCGCAAGUCUAUGAAGAUUGCCGCUGACAUCUGUGUCUACACGAACGGAAACGUUGUCGUGGAGAUGCUGGAGGAGGGCAAGGACAACAAGGAGGAGAACAAAGAGGAAUAAGCGGUCUAGACCAUAGUGUAUUGGAGUUGCUGCAAAGCACUACAGAUAUCACAAUUCUGCAGGAAUGCUUGAAAUCAAUACGUAAAUGUCCGCUAUUCAAAUGUUUGCGGUUAAAUUUAUCGACAAGGAACAGACGGAUGCAAGAUAUGAAUAUGAUAAAUCAUAGUCUGGCAAUGAGAACACUAACAGUUGUGGCACUAACUGCAUCAACACCACC